AUGUUCUCCAAACUUUUCGCUGUCGCUGUCCUGGCUACGGCCGCCAGUGCCCACAUGAAGAUUACAAGCCCAGUCCCGUUUAACAACGGAGUACUGGACAACUCCCCUCUCCAGGCCGAUGGCUCGAAUUUUCCUUGCAAAGUGGGCACAGUCCAAGGCGUCACCUAUGACUAUGGUACCGACAUACCUAGUAAUGUCUUUGCCCAAGGCAGCACUCAGAAACUUGCUUUUAUUGGCACCGCUGUUCACGGUGGUGGUUCAUGCCAAGUUUCUGUUACCACUGAUGCAAAGCCUGACAAAAACUCUGUCUGGAAAGUCAUCAAGUCCAUCGAAGGUGGCUGCCCUGCCAAGGACCAAACAGGCAAUUUACCAGGCGACAAUGCCAGUAACGUGGAUCCUUACACAUAUGACUACACUAUUCCUAAAGAAUUGCAAUCGGGCAACUACACACUGGCUUGGACUUGGUUCAACAAGGUUGGCAACCGCGAGAUGUACAUGAAUUGUGCGCCUUUGACUGUCACUGGAUCAGCAGGCUCCAAGGACUUCUUGAACACUCUUCCGGAUAUGUUCACAGCCAACAUCGGCGGAGACUGCUCAGUCGCGGCCAACGUUGAUCUUAAAUUCUUCAACCCUGGAAACGACCUUGACAGAUUCAACAGCGCCACACCCAGUGCCUUAGGUACUGCAAACUGUACUGGCCUUGCCACCGGCUCUCCCGCCCAGUCUACUCAAGCCAAUGUUCCCAGCGCCGGCGGUGUCUUUAUUACUAGCCCACCAGCUUCUCAGCCCGCUGCUACCCAGCCUGCAGCUUCUCAACCUGCAGCUUCUCAGCCUGCCGCUUCCCAACCUGCCGCUUCCCAACCUGUUGUCACAUCCGCUCCCGUUGCGAGCCCCCCUGCUCAGUCCCAGGCAGCUCCAUCCCCUACUUCCUCUGCUGCUGCUGCUCUUCCGCCAGCUCCUAGCUCCGGCUCCAACGCUAGCUCAGGAUUAAGCCCCAGCGGCGGUUUCACAGCCGGCACAGCGUGCCCUACUGAAGGCCAGUGGAACUGCAUUGACGGAACUCACUUCCAGCGAUGCGCUAGCGGUAGCUGGUCUGCUUCUCAGGCUGUUGCUGAUGGUACUUCGUGCCAGUCUGGCCAGGCUGAGAGCCUCAAAAUGGUUGCCAAGAGGGGCAAGAAGUCGAUGCGCCGCGCUGUUCGCAUGCGUGCUUAA